AUGCCGACAGUAACGAUGGAACGAGUGGAAAUGUUCUCGGCGGCGCAUCGGCUGAGCGCUCCGGAGCUGAGCACGAAGCAAAACGCGGCCACUUUUGGAAAGUGUAACAAUGCGAAUGGUCACGGACACAAUUACGUGUGGAAGGCAAAAAAAAACCAGCUGAAACUCCCGGUAAAUGCUAAAAUUGCAGGUGAAGCUGCGUGGAGAAGUGGAUCCAGUCACUGGGAUGGUCUACGACUUGGCAAAGUUGAAGCAGGAGAUGGGCGUGGUUCUCGAUACAGUAGAUCAUCGCAAUUUGGACAAAGACGUCGACUUUUUCAAAGUUUGAGAUUAUUGUACUGAGCACACUUCAAAUUUAUUUAUAGACAACCGUGAGCACUUCUGAAAAUGUGGCGAUCUACAUGUUCGAAAAGCUAAAAUCCGUCAUGUCGAACCCGUCAGUUUUGUACAAAUGCACGAUCGAAGAGACGCCGAAGAACGUGUUCACUUAUAAAGGCCAUUAG